UGAGCGACGCACCAACCCGACGUGCACCGGCCGGCUCUCCCCCCCCCGUCCCCAGCGACAGGACCAGCGGCGUAGAGGCCGCCAGGUUUCCCUUCCUUCUUCCCCCUUCUCUUUCUCGGCCCGCAAUGCAACCCCGGUUGCUGUUUGUACAGAGAGGCGCCGGGGGCUCAGCCCUAUGGCGACUCAGGAACAUCGUGCUGCGGCCACUGAGUGGAGCCUGGUGCCCGUCGUUGCCACGGGUGAGACGGGUGGCGACGGCAGCAGGAGACACAGUUAGCAUUGGUGAUGUUCAUUUUAAGCUGAAACAACCUACAAAUCCUGAAUUGGUCCCCAUGAAACACAUGUUGGAGCCCUUACCUCAGUCUCUUGUACAGCACCUUCGAUGGAUCAUGCAAAAAGAUUUGCUGGGACAAGAUGUGUUCUUAAUUGGGCCACCUGGUCCUUUACGACGCUCUAUUGCUAUGCAGUAUUUGGAAUUGACCAAGCGAGAGGUGGAGUACAUGGCCUUGUCCAGAGAUACCACUGAAACAGACCUUAAGCAACGCAGAGAAAUUCGGGCAGGAACAGCCUUUUAUGUCGAUCAGUGUGCUGUUCGAGCUGCGACUAAAGGCAGGGUAUUGGUGCUGGAAGGACUGGAAAAAGCCGAACGCAAUGUUUUACCCGUAUUGAACAAUCUUUUGGAAAACAGGGAGAUGCAACUGGAAGAUGGAAGGUUUCUUAUGUCUGCUGAACGUUAUGACAAACUACUGAAGGAACAUACAAAAGAAGAGCUGGACAUGUGGAAAAUUGUACGAGUUAGUGAGGACUUCAGGGUUAUAGCCCUGGGUCUACCGGUACCAAGGUAUCCUGGAAACCCUCUGGAUCCUCCGCUUCGUUCAAGAUUUCAGGCCAGGGACGUUUAUUGCCUGCCUUUUCGGGACCAGUUGACAGCCUUGUAUGCUAUCGGACCGAAUGUGCCCACUGAGAGAAUAUCUCAGAUGUUAUCCUUUGCAACAACCCUCUGCACUCAAGAGUCCACAACUCUUGGUUUGCCUGAGUUUCCUGUGGAUAAUUUACCGGCUGUCAUUAAAAUCAUGGAUGCAUUCCCCAUGAUGUCUGCCCAGCUACUGCUCCAUAGACUUUAUCCACAUGAUUUAAUGCUUGGGAAAGAAGGUAGAACUGGAGUUGAAGAUGUAUUGAAAACAUUUGAUUUGCUCAGCUCAGCGAGUUCCUCUCUCCCGAAGGAAGUUAAAGGUAUUAAAGAAACAAGCGGAGAAACGUCACAGGCUGAGGCCAUUAUUCAAAUUGGUGACAAAGAGGUGGCCAUUAAGAUUCCCACUGGAACAAAACCGUUAAAGUUUCAUACAACAUCAUCAAAUUUCACCAGGACACCCAGUCAUGAUAGGCUUCUGGCAGAGAUGAUGCAAUCACACCUGGUAAAGGAUAUGUGUUUAAUUGGUGGAAAGGGUUGUGGCAAAACUGUGAUUGCGAAGGAAUUUGCUGAUAUGCUGGGCUAUAGCAUUGAACCCAUCACCCUUUAUCAGGAUAUGACGGCCAGAGAUUUGCUUCAACAGAGGUACACUCUUCCAAAUGGUGACACUGCCUGGCGACCUGCACCCCUGGUCACUGCGGCCUUGGAUGGAAAACUAGUUGUCCUUGAUGGCAUUCAUCGUGUCAAUCCUGGAACACUAGCAAUUCUUCAGAGGCUUAUUCACGACAGGGAGCUGACACUUUAUGAUGGCACUCGGUUACUCAGAGCAGACAGGUACCAGGAUCUGAAAAAGGAACUGAAUCUCGCUGAUGACGAUCUCCAACAGAGAUUGAUUUAUCCCGUCCAUCCAUCCUUCAGGAUUCUAGCCUUGGCUGAGCCUCCAGUGGUGGGCAGUAGCACUCAGCAAUGGUUGGGGUCAGAGCUGCUGACCAUGUUCUUAUUUCACAGUGUAAGACCCCUCUCCAUGAAAGAAGAGAUGGACGUCAUUACUAAAAUGAUUCCACAUGUUCCGAAAGAUGCUGUCUCACAAUUGUUGCACUUUACACAUAGACUUCGACAGAGCAGCGAUCCAACAGCAAAAUCUCUGGCUUCAUCACUUUCCACAAGACAGUUACUCCGCAUCUGCAACCGGCUUGCACAUUAUCCAGACGAGAGCCUCUUCCAUGCUGUAAAUAAAGCCUGCCUCUCCAGGUUUUUGCCAAGCCUUGCCCGAUCAGCCUUACAGAAGAAUCUGAAGGAUUCUGGGAUUGAAGCAACUGAUAUUGAGCAGCAAGGAACAGAUGUCAGAUGUGAAAUAAAGUCCGGGAUCCUUACAAUUGGAAAAGUUUCUGUUCCAUUGCACAAUCCUGAAGAAAAGAUGAAAGUACCAGAUGUUCUCUUUUAUGAAAACACUCAGCACAUGCAGGUGAUGGAAGAUUUGCUCAAAGACUUUGUGCUUGGUGAACAUCUUCUUUUGAUUGGAAAUCAGGGUGUGGGCAAGAACAAGAUUGUUGACCAUUUCUUGCAUCUUUUGAACAGACCCAGGGAAUAUUUACAGCUUCACAGAGACACCACAGUACAGAGUCUCACUCUACAGCCUUCAGUACAACAUGGGGUCAUCAUGUAUGAGGAUUCUCCUCUGGUGAAAGCUGUUAAAAACGGACACAUCCUACUCAUUGAUGAGGCUGACAAGGCACCAACCAAUGUCACCUGCAUCCUAAAAACAUUAGUGGAAAGCGGCGAGAUGAUUCUGUCUGACGGAAGACGUAUUGUUGUCGAUCAAGCUAGUGCUGAAGGAAGACCUGACGUGAUAGUAAUUCAUCCAGAUUUCCGAAUGAUGGUUCUGGCAAAUAGACCUGGUUUUCCCUUUCUGGGUAAUGAUUUUUUCGGUGCUCUAGGUGAUAUAUUUAGCUGCAGUGCUGUUGAUAAUCCUAAACCUCAAUCAGAGCUUGCUAUGCUUCGACAAUAUGGUCCUGAUGUCCCAGAGGCAGUUCUUCAAAAGCUUGUGUCGGCCUUUGGCGAGUUGAGAAACAUGGCUGAUCAAGGAAUAAUAACCUACCCAUAUUCAACAAGGGAGGUUGUCAAUAUUGUAAAACAUCUACAGAAAUUCCCCACUGAGGGACUUGCAAAUGUGGUCCGGAAUGUGUUUGACUUUGAUUCCUACAAUGGCGAAUUGCGUGAAAUCCUAAUCAAUACAUUGCAUAAGCAUGGAAUUCCAAUAGGAGCCAAGCCUACCAAUGUACAGCUGGCCAAGGAGUUACCUUUGCCAGAAUGUAAAUUAUUCAGCCACUGGACUUUCAACCAACCAGAAAAAGCCAACUUCAAGGUUCUUUGCCCAACAGAGUCUCGACAAACAGUCAUAAAGGGCCCUGCAUACGUGAAGGUUCAGGGGUAUGCUAUGGAACGGCAUGAAUCAAGGGGACUGCACUUUACAGAGGAGCAAGCCCACUGGACAAUUCCCCUGAAUGAAGUUGAUAUUGUUUGUGAUGUCGCCACAGUCAAAGGUGAAACCAUAGACACCAUUUACGUGGCUACGUGCAAUCCAGUCUCUCUCUACGCGAUGAACGUACCUGGCAACAGCAUAAAGUAUGUGGAUUUGUACGACGUGUUCCCCCGGAACGCUGGUGGAGUGUGGCAGCCCUUCGUCAGGGUGGCUCCGCUGGCUUCGCCGCUUCAUGAUCAAGUCAUAUUACACGAGGAACAGAGCAAUGUGAUAUUGCUUUUAAACUUGACCAAUGGUGCGGUCAGUCGAAUUAUCUUCUCUGGAAAAGAGCAGGAACCGCCUAAAAAACCACACUGGUGGUCAAAUAGAGAGGACCAGGUCGUCUAUAAAAUGUGCAGGGAAUUUUCACACAAAAAUUGGCUUGUGUUCUACGAGAAACUGGGAAAUUCACUGGAUGUAUUGGAUGUUCUGGAGGGCCAAGCACACUCACUUUCCCUGCCGAUCAAUGUUCAAUCUGUUCACUUGGUAGCUGAAGACAGAUGGCUGCUGGUGGAAAGUAAAACCAAUAAGAAGUUCCUCCUAACAAAGCCAAUGUACAUCGGAUCUGACUUGUCAGAUGCUUGUGAGCUGCAUGCAAUAAAUGAGGAGCCAGUCCACACAGGAUUUGGGAUGACUACAGCCCUGGAACCUUUAAGCCCUUGUACAGUAUCAAAGGAAGAAUUGUCUUCGGUGAACCUCAGUGCAGCGCUGGGACAAAAGAUUGCAUCUCCAAAUCGGAUUUUAUCUGAUGAAAACAGCUAUGCAACCAUAGUUGUUGGAUUUCCAGAUCUUAUGUCUCCCAAUGAAGUGUACACUUGGAAAAGAAGAGCUGAGUUGGAUCAGACUUCUGCUAGUCCCUCAAGUGAUAAGUUCUUCUCUGGAAGAAACCCAUCUGGAAAAGUGAAACACACCAACUGCAUAACCCUGACAGGGAUCAACCAGGUGAUUCGAGCUGUUGCAGCCACAGAAGUGCCUCUGAGUGAAAUCUACCCACAAGAUGUGAAAGCUCCAGUUACUGCGGGAUUCUUGGAAGUAACAGACUUGAACACUAAGAAGAUUAAAUAUAUUCCUAUUCCCAGGCCUCGCUCUGUCUCCCCAUACACUCAAUGGGUGUCUCAGAUUUCAGACACAGAAGUCCUGAUAGCACCCGUGGGGGCUGGAGGAGUGGUGACCGUGGAUUUGGGAGGACACGUCCGGCUUUGGGAGACUGGAUUUGAUCACUUGCAGCGCUCCCUCCUGGAGUGGAGGAGCAUGAUUGGACAGCAGGAUGGGCGACCUAUACAGAUUACUAUACAGAAAGACAGUGGACUGGACGUGACAGCUCCGAAACAUGGAAGGGUUGACGUGCAAAAUGCUCCUCAUGUUGGGGGCAACACAUGGGCUGGUGGUACUGGUGGAAGAGAUACUGCUGGCCUGGGAGGGAAAGGUGGUCCCUAUCGCUUAGAUGCAGGACACAAGGUGCAUCAGGUGUCACAGGCUGAAAAGGAUGCUGUACCAGAGGAAGUCAAAAGAGCCGCCAGGGAGAUGGGUGAAAAAGCCUUCAAGGAGAGGUUGAAGGAAAUCCAUAUGAGUGAAUAUGAUGCUGCUACGUACGAGAGGUUUUCUGGGGCUGUGCGGAGACAGGUGCAAUCAAUACGAGUUAUCCUGGACAGUCUGCAGGCAAAAGGCAAAGAGAGACAAUGGCUACGGCAUCAGUCAGUAGGAGAGCUCGACGAUACCAAGAUAAUCGAUGGCUUGGCAGGAGAGAAGGCAAUUUAUAAGCGCAGAGGAGAGAUGGAGCCUGAACUCGGCAGCCCCCAGCAGAAACCCAAGCGCCUGCGGCUCCUUGUAGAUGUCUCCGGCAGCAUGUACCGCUUCAAUGGACUUGACGGCAGGCUGGAGCGCUCCAUGGAGGCCGUCUGCAUGGUCUUGGAAGCCUUUGAAAACUACGAGCAGAAGCUAAAGUAUGACAUUGUUGGUCACUCAGGAGAUGGAUUCAACAUCGAACUAGUCAGAAGUGAAAAGAUUCCCAAAAACAACAAGGAGAGACUGCAGAUUAUUAAGACAAUGCAUGCCCAUGCCCAGUUCUGCAUGAGCGGAGACCACACUCUCGAAGGGACAGAACAUGCUAUCCAAGAGAUUGUCAGAGAAGAGGCAGAUGAGCAUUUUGUCAUUGUGCUGAGUGAUGCUAACUUGGAGCGAUAUGGUAUAAGCUCCACAAGGUUUGCCCGAGCCUUGACCAGCAAUCCUCAAGUUAAUGCCUUUGCCAUUUUCAUCGGAUCCCUGGGCAAUCAAGCAGAAAGGCUCCAACAGACCCUGCCUGCUGGAAGGUCCUUCGUUGCCAUGGAUGCCAAACAAAUCCCACAGAUUCUACAGCAGAUCUUCACAUCCACUCUGCUGUCAGCAGACUAGAACUGCCUCAGCAGGAAUGACGUGUGCCCAGGAGAUGAUGGGGAAAGAAACACGAUUAAUUCAUCUCUGCUUGCAAGAUGCUUCGAGCACCUGUACAAUGAUGCCACUACAUUUAGUUGUUCAUCUGUUUUCAGUAUUGGGACAAAGACAUGAAGAGUCUCUGUAACCAAACAGCUUUACUGGUCAAGUGCUUUGAGCAAAACAUUGCAGUGCCUUUCAAUAAUCUCUUUAUGAAAUUACAAGCUGAUUGCUAAAUUGUACAUGUGCAAUAAAUAGAGCCUCGCAGAUAAGUAGUGUUUAGUAAACCUCUGAUCUUCUAAAGUUCAGAGACAAAGUAUUUAGAAUGCUUAUUCUAAUUACAAACCAAUGUGAAGUGUUUGGAAAUCAGAGUGAGAUGUGGAUCCUGCAGCAAGAAGCAAACUUUAUGUUGUCGACAUAUUCAAAGUACUUGUUUGAAUUAUGCUCGCUUCCCGUGUGAUAAACGGAGGGUGGAUGAAACAGUAUGUUGCAGAGGGAUGUUGCAAUGAAAGCCAGCUCCUGCAGCAUCUGACUGAAGGGAGCAGGGCUCCCAGCCUUCAUAGUGCCGUUCUGAAACAGUAAUGAUGUCUAAAAAUAAAGAAACGCAACUGAUGUUCAUCCAACUACUCUUGGUCUUCACAGUGCCUCUUUUGAAGCACUUGGACAUUCUAUGACUUACGACUGAAAACCAGCUAGUAUAUAAUUUCCUCAUUUCUCAGAUUUUAUUUUCACAUAAAUGUACAGGAGUACUCUGCUGAAUAUCCUGGGAUGUCGUUCCUGGGAAAAUCCUUUUGCCAGAAUCCAUCCACCAGUUAUAACAGUGAGUUAGAUCUCUGAAUUAUCUCUGUACAAUGCUUAUAGGUCCAUCUUCAUUAUAUUGUAAUUAAUCUGUAAAGAGAACCAAGAUGUAAAUUAGAUAUUGAUUGCUCUUUCAUAAAGCUGAAUAUAAAUUAUAUAUUGGUCAAAUGGUAAUAUAAUUCAUGAUGUGUGAUAUAACAAAAUAAACUUCAAUCUGUG